CAGACCAAAAGUCCGGAUGCGGCCAGGAACAGAGACCUCUCCUCUCCUCUCUCUCUUCUCCACUGCGGCUGCGUCGGCCUUACAGGAGGAGAGCUGGAGCUUCCCAUCCCUCCCUGCGGAAGUCUCGAUUAGCCGGCGGCAGCGGCUCCCCCUCCGCUGAGGACUGAGCUGCUUAUAGUCAAAGCAUUUGAAGUUUUAAUUCAAUCUUGACAAAAAGGAAUGGCAUUCUCUGCUAGAGUCUUGUCCACCAUGUCAAGUAUAACUUUCAACCAAAAGCAUUCUCAGAAUAUCAAAUCUAUAAGGCACCCAAAUGUGCUUCAUUUUCGCAGUAAACAGUACGGUGUCUACUGCAAGAGUCCCCCAUGGGAACCAUCACCGGUGACCUAUUCUCCUACCAAUGAUACCACCACUACAAUUUUGGCUGAAGCUCCAAACAUAUUUGAAACUCUAAGCUCCGAGAGCACUGCUGAAGCCCCCCGAGCAAACAGUGCAGAGCUUGCCCCAUCUAGUAAAGCGCAAUCUGUGUUGCAGGAUAUGUUUCUAAAGUGGCCAAUGUGGCUUCUGGGGCCUGCUCUUCUCCUCACAACAGGCAUGAUUCCCACUUUGUGGCUACCUCUGUCUACCAUUUUUCUCGGCCCCAACAUAGCAAGCUUACUCUCAUUGGUCGGGCUUGAUUGCAUAUUCAACCUUGGGGCGACCCUUUUUCUUCUAAUGGCCGAUUCCAAUGCCAGACCAAAGCUUGUGACACAAACCCACCACAGCGAGGCUCCCUUCAGCUAUCAGUUCUGGAACUUGGUAGCUGCAACGGCUGGCUUUCUCACUCCCAUGCUGAUGCUAUUCGGGUCACAAAAGGGCUCCUUCCUCCAACCUCAGAUGAGCUUUAUCUCGUUUGCAGUUCUCCUGGGCCCGUACUUCUUGCUGUUGUCUGUGCAGGUUCUCACAGAGAUGCUCACGUGGCACUGGCAGUCCCCUGUUUGGCUCGUGACACCUGUCAUCUACGAGGCCUACCGGGUUUUGCAGCUGAUGAGGGCAUUGAAGCUUGGGGCAGAGAUGACUUCCCCCGCGUGGAUUAUGCAUACUGUCAGGGGGCUCGUUUGUUGGUGGGUCUUCAUUCUCGGAGUGCAGCUCAUGAGGGUGGCUUGGUUUGCUGGUUUCUCUGUCCGCAAACAUGAGCAAGAACGAGGCCCUGUCAAUGGUUGAUGAGCAAGAACCACAAACUUGACAUGUGACACGGGUGUUAUGUGGGGGUAAUAACAUGGGAUUGUAGGAUAUAUGUAAAUGAAUGUCAAGUUAUAGUAGCUUUUGUGUUAAGGUAAUUUUUUUUUUGGUGUGAGACCUAGUAUCCGAAAGCACAAUUGGAUCUCAUUUAAUCUAGUCGAGCUAGGUCGACCCAUUAAAGAAUAAAAUUUUCCCAGCGUGAAUUUUCUGCAUUUAUAAGGAUUCGAACUUGAGACUUUA